UCUGGAAAGAAUACAUUCGGUAUUGUUAUUGUCACGUGAUAUUUGUUCCAUGUGUUUUAUGUUUGUGAAAUAAUUAUUCAGUGUUCUAGUCCUAAGCCAGGUAUAUUUUAACAUGGGCUGUGUAGGAAGAAAGAGGAACCACAAAGGUAACCAUCCCUGGGCUAAAAAGGGUAAAACAAAAAGACGCACAAAAGAUUUGGACCAGAUACACGAAGAUAUGAAACCUGGCAAAGCUGAACAGAUGUUGAAUCAAGAUGUGAAUUAUGACAAACCAGGCGCUGCCCAACAUUACUGUUUACAUUGCACGAGGUAUUUCAUCAGUAAUGUUGCCUUAAAGAAUCAUUUCAGAAGUAAACUACACAAGAAAAGGCUAAAGGAGUUAUCUAUUGAGCCAUACACACAGGCCGAAGCUGAGAGAGCAGCAGGGAUGGGAUCUUAUGUAGCUCCUAAACUUCUUGAAGUGAAAACGCAACCAGAUAAGGAUGACAUGAUUAUGAAAGAUGGUUGAUAAGUUAAUGAUGAAAACAUCUGUUUUGAUUGUGAUCAUAUUCGCAAUGUACAUAAAAAAUACAUGUAAAUAUAUGGAAUAAAAGAUUAUUUGAUUGGAA